AACCCAAAGCUUGUGACGUCUAUGAAAACAUUGGCAAAAUGGCAGCGACCAUGACAAACGUGGAUGAAAUUCGGGAUAGAGUAAUAUUAGGUGAAUUUGAUGUAAAAAAUGUUCAUACAACCGAUUACCCUGGCAAUUAUCCAGGCUACGAUGAUACAUGGAGCUUGCAGAAAUUCCAAAAGAAUUUCAGAAUCGACGUGGUGCAAAUGGAUGAGACUUCUCUGGAGUUCGACAUGGUGGGCAUAGAUGCAGCUAUCGCCAAUGCCUUUCGACGGAUAUUACUCGCAGAGGUCCCUACUAUGGCUGUCGAGAAGGUGUUCAUUUACAACAACACAUCCAUAAUUCAGGAUGAGAUCCUUGCCCACAGGCUGGGCUUGAUCCCUAUCAAGGGUGACCCACGAUUGUUUGAGUACAGAAACGCAGGGGAUGAGGAAGGCACAGAAAUAGACACAAUUCAACUUCAACUGAAGAUCAAAUGCACCAGGAACCUCAGAGCCACCAAAGACUCCGCUGACCCCCAGGAACUUUACCUGAACCACAUGGUGUACUCCAAGGACAUGAAGUGGGUCCCUAUUGGGAACCAAGCUGAUGUGUUUGCAGAUAUCGACAUCGGUCCAGUACAUGGGGACAUCCUUCUGGCACAGCUCCGGCCUGGACAGGAGCUGGAUAUAGUCAUGCACUGCGUGAAAGGCAUUGGUCAAGACCACGCCAAGUUUUCACCUGUGGCUACAGCCAGUUACAGACUCCUUCCUGAGAUCACACUAAUGGAAACAGUGGAGGGGGAGAAAGCGGAGCGACUAAAACGCUGCUUCUCCCCUGGAGUCAUUGAGGUGGAGAACCAUGGGGGAAAGGUUGUCGCCAAGGUGGUGAACAGUCGCUUAGAUACCUGCAGUAGGGAGGUUCUCCGACAUGACGACCUCAAGAACGCUGUGAAGCUUGCAAGAGUGCGGGACCAUUUCAUCUUUUCUGUAGAAUCCACUGGCAUCCUGGCACCUGAUGUCUUGGUCACAGAGGCCAUCAAAGUUCUCAUGACCAAGUGUCGAAGAUUCCUCAGUGAGCUCGACUCCACGGAGAUGGAAUAAGAGCAAUUAAGUUGGACCACAUGUAAAUACCCACUACAGGGGUGAGACAUUUGUGUUGAGUCUGUGUGCAACAUGCUUUGGACCAGGAAUGGGCAACUCCAGUCCUUGCGGCCUGAAUGGUGUCAUACUUUUUGUCCCAUUUAACACCUGUUUCCAAUAAUCAACUAAUGAUAUUCAGUUCAGAAUGCAAUUAGUUUAAUCAGCUGUGUUUGCAAGGGAUAGGGGAGAAAAGUGGGACACCACUCUGCCCCCAAGGUCUGAAGUUGCCCAUCCCAGCUUUGGACAAUAGAAUACAAUACCAGUUGGAAUAAAAGCACCCUGUAGAAAUGCUGAGGAUGCUUUGUUUUUUAUUACCAUCCUAUGUACCCAGCUUGAGAUGGUUUGUCAUCCCCAAUAAGGGUUGUGCCACUUAUGUACUAUAUUUUGUAUUCUAAUGAAUGUUUAUGUCACUUGCAAAUCCUUAUGGCUCAUGUCAUUAGCCCAUUUGUAGAGUUGUGCCUGAAUUCCAUCCUUUUAGGUAAAACCAUUACAAGAAAAUGUGUUUUUAGUAUUUACUGAAUGAAGAGGGUGGUAACUCUUAAGCAUAUAGUACACAGCGAGGUGCAGUUAUGUUUUGUGUACUGUAUAGACUUGUGCGACAAAAGUAAAGCAUAUUACAUUUUACUCUAGAUGAUGUUGCAAAGUCGGUGUGUAUUUCCUAUCCCCUUCCGUUCUAUUCCAAAGUGUGUACAUUGUUUGAUGUUGUCUUGAAACAAGAUAUGGUAUACAUUGGUCCCAGUUUCCCGAUAGCGAUGUAACAUGCGUUUCCCAAAACACUACGAGAGAACGUUCGCUAAGUGCGUCGUUACUGAUCGAAAUAAAUUAAGCACUGCUUUCAGAUCAGCGUUCUCCCUGUCACACAUGGCUACAAAUAUUGAGGCGGCUUAUUCUAAUGCGUACCCUAUAAUAAAGCACUAAAGAUUUGGCACAUUGCGCGCACAUGAAAUACAUUGAGGCCAAAUUACACUGCGCACACUUAGCUAAAUACAACUAUUGAAUUCACAUUCAUUUUAGUUCACUAUAAUUCAAAUAUAUAGGCACAUGUGGCCUAUACUGUAUUUAUCUUUAAAUACAAAUAUUUUAUUCACAUUCAUUUUAGUUCACUAUAAUUCAAUUAUAUAGGCACAUGUGGCCUAUACUGUAUUUAUCUUUUAAUAGUCAUCUUGGUUUUCAUUUGAAGCGUCUAUCAUUCGCUUGUAUGCAAAGAAAUGGGCGUCUUUGUAUUUGGAAGGUCAAACGAUGUUAGGCUACAUAUGAAAUGUAUUGAGACAAAUUAGCCUACUGAUCGUCGCAAAAUAUAACUUAAUUGAUUGAACAUCAAAUGUAUUUCAAUAUGAUUGAAAAUAGGCAUAUAGCCUACUGUAUUUGUAUUUUAAUGCAGUCAUCUUGGUUUUAAUUUGAAGCAUUUUUAUACRUCGCUGGUUUGUAUCAAUUGAAAGACAUUGGCAACUUUUUAUUUUGUACUCAACUUUGUUAUUUAGCGGUCACGGAGAGGGGGAUAAACCACGUGAUUCUAUGUUUAGUGGAAAUCUGUGUAUUAAGUGGGCAAAAAGCAUCGAACGACGCUGGAGCAAGUGUGGUCUGAUGCAGGCGUUAGAUUACGAGCUUUUUCAAGUGUAACGUUAAUAAAGAUGGUUUUGGGAAACAA